AUGGAGGAUGGGUUGGAGAUGCUCUUAUAUUUGGAGGAUCAAUUCAUCCUCCUCCCAAAUGGAGGAGGAUAUAGAGGAUGGAUUGGAGUUGUUUUGGGGAGAGGAUCCUCCAUAUUUGAAGAUAUGGAGGAUAACGAACAAAACACUUCAUAUAAGCUGAAAACAAUUAAGCAGGUGAUUGAAUCAAGAAGGAGCCUACAUGACUGGGAGGAAUGCUUCAAUACAAUGCUCCGAGAUUGGGAAAAGGAAGAGGUGGCUCGUUUGGUUAAUUUGGUUAAUAACACUCCGAAGUUAAGAGCUGAUAAGGUUGAUGCGUUAUGUUGGGGGGCUGAAUACUCGGGCUGCUUCAGCAUAUCAUCUGUCUAUAGGUGGUAUGAAAACAGUCUACAAUCUUUAGAUUUUGGUACAAUCUCCAAGAUGAUUUGGCAAAGUGUAUCUGCUCCUAGAGCAAAAGCUUUUGUGUGGUUAGCUUGGAGGCAAAGGUUAAAAACGUCCUCUUACCUACAGCGGAUUGGUGUCAUUCCGGCUGCUGUUAAUACCCAAUGUGUGUUUUGCAAAGCUGAUGCGGAGUCGGUAAAUCAUGUUUUGUUGUGGUGUCUCUUUGUAUGGAGGGUGUGGGCUGAUAUCUUUCUCUGGUGGGGAUCCCAGUGGGUUAUGCCAGCAACAGUGGAUGGAGUUUUACAGUUUUGGGCUGGGUUUUUGGGUACUAGCUUUGAAGGAAAAGUCUGGAAUGUAUUACCUGUUGCUGCCUUGUGGUCUAUAUGGAAACACAGGAAUGAGGUGUUGUUUUCUAAAUUGCAACCUGAUCUGUGUGGUCUGUGUGAGAUAAUUAAAACCAGGUCUGCUAUGUGGGUUAGAGCUGCUGAUGUGAAGCUGCCUUUUUCAGUCAAUGAUAUUUUGUAUAACUUACAACAAAUUAAGUAUUGUCGAAGAGGGUUAGGCUGA